CAGCACGCGCUCGCGUACGUAUCACGCCGUGGCGGCAGCUCAGGCUUUUAUUGGCAAAAGCACAGUGAUUGCGAGCUGUCUAGCGCACGCCAUCGCUGCGGCACAGACUACAAGCUCGCAAUUUUGCUCGGAGAGCAGCUGCAUCUCGGAGAGCACUGGACAGGACAGGUUCAGCGAUUCGGCAUUAGCCACACUGAUAGCGUCACGCACUGCUUUGCUACCUCAGUGCCAUUUGCACGGCGUAAAAGAGACAAUGCUCGCUACCCUCGCAAAACGCGGUCCGGGCCUCGGCGCGGCAGUGGCGACGGCGGCGGGCGGCGUGGCCGUCGCCACACAAAUGCCCGAGAGCCUGCACAUCAGCGGCAUCCCGUGCUCGCUCGUCCUCGGCGCUGUCGCGAACAACCUCGCGCCGGCGAACAUCAGGCAAGCUCUCCAGCCGGGCGUCAAGUUCGCGACCACAACGGUGCUCCGCGCUGGCAUCGUCGCGGUCGGCGCGAAGCUCUCGGCGACCCAGGUCCUCGCGCUCGGCUGGACGACCGUGCCCGCGGCCUGCGCGAGCGUGGGGGCGGGCCUGGUCGCUAUUCCGUUACUCGCGAAGGGCGCGGGCCUGCCGCCGCGGCUCGGCGCGCUGCUCGCGGCCGGUACCUCGAUCUGCGGCGUCACCGCAAUAGGGGCCACUGCCCCAGCCAUCGCCGCGACGCAAGCCGAGGUCGCGGUGGCUGUCGCGAACGUGGUAGCGUAUGGCAUCGCGGGCAUGCUGGCCUACCCCCACGUCGCGCGGCAUCUGUUCCCUCACGAAGACUCGAAGAAUAUUGGACUGUUCUUGGGCCUCGCGGUGCACGACACGGCCCAGGUUAUGGGCUGCGCGGCGUCGUAUGCACAAACAUAUAUGGAUGAGGCCGUGGUGGCGGCCGCCGCCGUUGCUAAAUUAACGAGGAAUUGCUUCCUCGCCGGCGUCGUCCCGCUCAUGGCGGCGCGCCACGGCGCCACGGCGGGCAUCGCGACUAAAGCGGCCUUCCCGACCUUCGUGCUCGGGUUCGUGGGGGCCGCGGGCGUGCGCACCGCGGGCGACGUCUAUUUCGUCGGCGACGACGCGACGCGCUGGAAGGAGGGCGCGAAUUUUGUAGGAGGCGCCCUCGGGACGAAGUGCCUCCUCGCGACGGGCCUGGCGGGCGUCGGGCUGUCCGUGGACGCGUCCGCGUUCCGAAGCGCGGGCGUGCGGCCGUUCCUCGUCGGCGGCGCGGGGGCAGCGAUUGUGGGCGGGGUCGGCCUCGCUUCGGCGCAAUUACUUUCGCGGUUGAGGCCUGAGUAA